AUGUCCAGCGAUACCAGCAACACAAUCCUUCUUCUUCACCCUCCGUCGUUGGACCCCACGCAUUUCCUCUCUCGUCUGACGGGGCGUGAUCUCUCUUCAGUAGAUGCCAGCAUCGAGUCAGUUUAUUGGGAGAUCAACAAUCGUUAUUAUACUGCACAAGUGGAGUUCCGGGCAUUUCCUAUCGACAAGGAGCUCUUUGGCUCUUCCGAAGAAGGAGAUGGUGCGGCAGGGAUGAAGCAGUGGGAGGGGGCUGAUGUCGUGGUAUAUAUAUUUGACCAGGUGCCAGCGUCACUGCCGCCGCAGCUGGUGAGGCUCAUGGCUACUCCGCGUAAUAUCGCUCUGGCCGUUUGCAUACUGCCCGACGCCUCAUCAGAAGCUGCUGUGAACCAAAAAGGAGAUCCCAAGGACCUCAAUAAGAUCCACGAGGAUGAUGGAACGGAAGAAGCACGAGUGGAGGAGCUCUUUGAUGAGCUAGGCAUGGAAUUCAUCGACGAAGUGCACCCUCUCACGGACGAGGAUGACGAACGGCCUAUGCCGCCAUUGUAUAUCAUCCGUCAAACAUUACAGACACACAUGUGGCCAGGCAUGGCACGCAAACCUCUACACGCCUCUUCUCAACUACCUGGUUCUCCUACAUCGUCUAUUGGAAGCGGAGAAGGUCAGGGGUCGUUGGACCAUGCGGUUUUCGAUGUGACUUUCGACGUCAACGCUUCCCCACUGCCACGACAGAAUGCACACGAAGACAAGGCAGGCGAUCACGAGCAAAGAGAAGGGACAGUCUUCCCUGACCUCUACGAAUUGCGAGCCCAACUUGCUUCGGCAGAGUUUGGAUCUAUCGAUGCUCUUGACCGCUAUGCCCACCUUUUCUCCUCUUCCGAAUCUGAUUCUGGCUUCCCAUCAGCAGCGCUGGCGGGGCUGGACGGGCCGUACAUGUCUUUGAAUGAUUUGGACCUGUUCCCGGACGGUGGGGAUGGUGGCAAAGAGUAUGAGAGGCUGGAGGAUUGGUUGGAAAAGGACGAUGAUGAGUUUGAGCCCGAGUUGCUAAGGAGAGAUCAAACUGGUCAAGAGGAGAACGCGGAGCAAGAGAAGCCCAAGGAAGGGGAUUGGCUGGAAAAUGACGACAAGCGAUUUGAACCUUCUUUAGCGGGACUUUUGCCUGAGCUGAAGCCAGAGGAAGAUUGGCAGAAAGCUGAGCACGGCCAUCCCAUAGACUCUCUCGAAAACGAGGGGUUUGAAGACGAUUUUGACUCUUUCCAAUCUGCCCAACCUCGGGCAGAAACUCUUGCCCUCGAUCCGACACCCUUACUCCUUCAUCUCCAGCAAGUCCGCUCUGAACUCUCUUCUCUCAACAAUGAAGACGAGAGACGAGAGCGGGCAGGAGCGGAAGUGGCCGCAAUGUUGAACAUGUUGGGCAUGGGGCUGGAUGAGGGAGAAGAAGGGCUGCUGGAUUUUGAUGAAUUUGCGGGUGAAGAGUUGGUGGAUACAGGGACAAAGCGAGCAUAG